AUGUCUGUUAAAUACUUUGUGAGAAAGCACAAGACAAAAACCAACAUUCAAGUGUGCCGGGCAGCCUUUAUUGGCAUUCUAAGAAUCAUUCCAAAUCGGCUUAAAGGUGUGCUAGCAAGAUAUUGGAAGUCUGGCUGUAUAGCCACAGAAAAUCGGGGAGGAGACCGAAAAGAAACAGAUGUGUGUUCAACCUGUUUACAACUACAGGAACAAAUAAAAUUUGAAAAGGGACAGCUGAAAAGCAAAAACAUCAGCUUUGCUUUUCAGCUGUCCCUUUAA